UGAAAAUAUAUAAAUAUACAUGUCUGGAUCACUAUCGUGAAUCCGACUACAAAGGGUUGCUUACAAGUUCGAUAAUAUUAACAAUUCACAGGAUGUGCGGGCGAUAUGCACUCGGCGUUCGAAUGGCAUUCAUUCGGCGCCGCCUCGAGGAGCAAGGCAUGGAGGUUGACGAGGCACCAGAAGAUGACGAAGUGCGAGAAACUUACAACUUUGCUCCUGGAUACUACGGCGCCGUCUACCGCGGCCAUAUCGACCGUACCAGUGACCAUGAUGAUUACGCAGAAGGUAGAAUCGAUCAGCCCGACCAGACAGCACCUGAACCUCCCAGCACAGAGCAUGAAAGAACUACCUUCAAGCUUCAGAAAAUGCGCUGGGGUUUGAUCCCGUUCUGGACAAAGCGGCAGCCGGACUACGGCUCUAUGAUGAGAACUAUCAACUGCCGCGAUGACUCUCUGAUUGAGGAUCGGGGUAUGUGGACGUCGAUGAAGAGGAAGAAACGCUGCAUAGUUAUCUGCCAGGGGUUCUACGAAUGGCUCAAGAAAGGCCCCGGGGGAAAAGAGAGAAUCCCUCAUUACAUCAAACGGAAGGAUGGCGAUUUGAUGUGUCUGGCUGGCCUGUGGGAUUACGUCCAAUAUGAGGGCUCUGAUGAGAAACUUUAUACAUACACUAUUAUCACGACAGAUUCUAAUUCAUACCUCAAGUUCCUUCAUGACCGAAUGCCGGUCAUACUGGAGCCUGGCAGCGAACGAAUGAAGAAAUGGCUAGACCCGAACCAAACAACAUGGACAAAAGAGCUCCAGUCCAUAUUAAAACCGUACGACGGGGAACUCGAGUGCUACCCAGUGUCCAAAGACGUCGGUAAAGUCGGAAACAACUCUCCAGAUUUCAUCGUGCCUAUCAACAGCAAGCAGAAUAAGAAUAACAUUGCCAAUUUCUUUGCCAACGCGAAAAAGAAAGAUGAAGGCUCGACACUUGACACUAAAUCCAUCAUUAAAUCAGCAACGGAUGAGCAUCGUAAGACGAAGGAUGGCGAGUGGUCAGAAGAUAACGCUCCGAAACCCGUGUUGAGAGAAGAAGCCGCAAAGUCGCCACGAGGAGUGAAAAGAGAGCUUUCGCCCGAGGACAAGGAUAUAUCUUCCGUCAAGGUAACAAAGACGGAGGACCCCGACAGCUCUUUUACAGAAACGAAGCCAUCUUCACCGAUGAAAUCAUUUGGUCGACAAAUGCGGAGCGCCACUAGAAACCAUUCAUCGCCCGGCAAAAAUAAGAGCUACGGAACAAGCAAACAAGCCAGCGAUGGCUCACAGCGAAUAACCAAUUUCUUCAAAAAAUGAUGCUAUUUGCGGCCUACUAUUUCCGAAUUUAGUAUCACUAUGUAAUGUAAUGUAUUCAUGUCAGUUUUAUCAGUAUUAUCUAGCAAUAAACUCCUGGUCCUA